AUGCUCCGUCUCGUUUGGCACAGGACCGAGAGGUUUAUAAUAGUGCCCACCAGGGCCUUGCGACGAAUAAGCCAUAAUAGCGGGCAUUCGCUGCAGGAACAGGUGUUGACCCUUAUAAGCACCAAAACGAGUUUGAAUAGUGACGACAAGUUGAAAAUACGAGAGUAUUGGUCUGACAUGGCGGACUACAAGAAUCUUCGAAAAGAGAGAAACACCCUACUGGAAAAUUCUAUAUUGCACGAGGUCAAGAUCGAAGACUUCGUCAGGUUUGUUGAUCGCACCAAAAACGCAUCUAUGACUACAAGAGGACUGUAUCGAAGAGAGUGUUUGUAUCAGAGUAAGAAGAACUUGGAUCUGGUUAACCAAGUAGUCUCUCAAGUCUCAUCGGCAGGACAACAAACACCCUUAAUUACCCAAGUGGAUACCAUGCACUGGUGCGUCGAUGACGCCAUCAGCACGGGGGACAUAGUCAUGGCUGCCGAUCUUUUCCUCUUGUACUACAGAUUAUUUGCGGAAGAUACCAAGCUAGACGAACCGUACGCAAGAAAAAUCAUAUCAACAUUAGCGUACCCGAAUCCAUUGCAUGAUCAUGUCCACCUGGUCAAAUAUUUACAAUUGAACUCCCUAUUUGAACGUAGAGCCGGGAACGGCAUAAAAUUGACCAGAUUUCAAUUGGAGAUUCUUUCCAGUAAGGCGCUCGGUUUGGGCGAUGAAGCUCCACAACUUUGCAAGGCUAUACUAAACAAGCUAAUGAAUAUAAACUUCUCCUCGGCGACUGAGUUAAAACUGCGAGAUGAUCAAGUAUUACUUGCAUAUAAGUCCAUCGACGAAAACUAUAGAAGAGGAAACGUGGCAAGUGUGUAUUUCACUUGGAACAAAAUCAAGGAGCAUUACGUCUCGAUUUCUGCACAUGACUCCAGAAUCAUUUAUAAAGUCUUCAAGAUUUGUACUCAUAAUAGAGCCUAUAGAUCUUUAUGUAGUGAAAUAUUUUGGCAAUUGACUCCUGAGUAUUAUUGCAAUAACCCGUUGAUACUACCAGCACUCAUUGAUUUCAUCACCAAGCGCGAUUCUUUAACUAUGGCCAAGGAACUUAUGCAAAACAUCAAUAGAUACACAUUGCCUGAGAACCAUCAUAUCGUUUGGCUGAACAAAAGAUGUCUUUCCUCAUUGCUAAGGAUGCAUUUAAAAUUCAACGACUCCAACGGUGUAGAUAGGGUUUUGAAGCAAAUAACAACGAAUUUUAGGACGCUUUCACAGGAAAAUUACCAAGCAAUUAUUAUCCAUCUCUUCAAGACACAAAAUCUCGAUCAUAUCGCCAAGGCAAUUAAACUAUUGGAUACGAUACCACCGAAACAGGCAAUGUUGGCAUAUGGGUCUAUUAUCAACGAAUUGGUAGAUUGGAAAUUGGCUUCAAAAGUUAAAUUCACCGAUAAUUUGAUGGCACUUAUAAAUGAACUAUUGAUGAAAGCACAUGAUUAUGACCCUGAACACAGAAGCUCACUUUGGAACGUCGUUUCCUCUUUAUACAUUAAGAAACUUUGUCAUUAUAAGAAGCAGAAUGGCAAAUCUGUUGUUAAUGCAAAGGAGGAUAUUGACUUGGCAAAAUUAUUAUAUUUGAUUGCUACAAAAAAAAAAAAUACACGUUGGACAAAAUCAAAUAGUAAUCCCUUCAUUAUCUCUACUCCAAGUGAUGUUGAACUAAAAAUUAACAAUCAAAACAGGUUUACAAUCCUGAGGAAUAUUGCAUUAAGUGCUUUUAAAAUAGAAAGAACAGAUAUCUUCCUUUGGGCAUGCGCGGAACUAUACCAGAAUGGUAUGACGAUUGACGAAUUGAAAUUGGACUGGAAUUUCAUGCUGAAACACCAGAUAAGAAAUUCAGAAUUCAAGACAAAUAAGGAAAUCGUACAGGAUGUUAAAAAGCAUGGAGUCUCAGCUAUCAAGCGUCACUUAAGGUAA